GCUUUCGCUUCCUGGUGACACUUCACAAGCCACCUCAGUCAGAGGAGUCGGCGGCUAACUGUAGUCGUGGCCGGAUUCUUCUUCUCAUUUCCCUUCCUCUUUCUUGCGGCGUAUGUUUUGUCACUGCCUCUUCUGGGCAACUGCCGGUCGUGUAACUGCUCCGAUUCUUCGCCUCCACACUUUUGCCACUGCUUCUUCCCUUUCACCUCGCUUGCUGCUCCUCAUGAAGCCGGUGGUUGUAUUCGUUCUCGGCGGGCCUGGUGCCGGAAAGGGAACCCAGUGUGCCCGCAUUGUGGAGAAAUAUGGUUACACCCACCUUUCUGCAGGUGACCUCCUUCGAGAUGAGAGAAAAAGACCAGGCUCUCAGUAUGGAGAACUUAUUGAAAAUUAUAUUAAAGAUGGAAAGAUUGUACCUGUUGAGAUAACAAUCAGCUUGUUAAAGAGGGCUAUGGAUGAAACUAUGGCAGCUAACUCACAGAGGAAUAAAUUCCUAAUUGAUGGAUUUCCUAGAAAUGAAGAUAAUCUUCAGGGCUGGAAUAAAACAAUGGAUGGAAAAGUGGAUGUAUCUUUUGUUCUCUUUUUUGACUGUGAUAAUGAGAUAUGUAUUAAUCGUUGUCUUGAAAGAGGAAAGAGCAGUGGCAGAAGUGAUGACAACAGGGAAAGUUUGGAGAAGAGAAUUCAUACAUAUCUAGAGUCUACUAAGCCCAUAAUAGACCUCUAUGAGAAAAUGGGCAAAGUUAGGAAAGUGGAUGCCUCUAAAUCUGUUGAUGAAGUUUUUGGAAAAGUGGUGAACAUCUUUGAAAAAGAAGGCUAGUUCUUUCCUUGAACAUUCUUUUAAAAAUGCUUGAAUCUUGCUUUAAGAGCUGCUACUAUAGGCCAUUUUAUAAUAGUAAUGAAAAUGCCUUUUAAAAUAUUUGUGUGUUUAAAAUAGUUUUAAAAUUAUUAUUAUUUCGAACAGCGUUUAAAAUAUGACUUGAAAGUGGCUUGUUAAAAUGUCAACAUUGAAAGUGACUUGAAGUUAGGAAAGAAUCUUAACUGUAGAACAAAACUAAUAAUCAAAUUAUAUUUGUUCUAAACAUAUUAUUUCUGGAAAGCAUGCUUUUUCCCUUAUUGCCAAAAGCCAUGUUGUUUUUCAGAGUCCCACAAACUGAAAUUGUAAAUAUGAAUGAGAGGGCCCAUUUAGUUUCUUGAUAGUUUUGUACCAAAUAUAGGGAGUUGUAUGAGGAAGUUUUAUUUUGUACUGCUUAAAAAAUAAAUACAUAUUUGCUGUUUUCAAUAAGGUAGUUUUAAUUUAAACAUAGCAUACUUUCUGAUUUCAUACCUUUUGCUUAAAUGAUUGCUAGGAAAAGAAAAAGAAUUACAAAGUAGCUUAAGACCUCUGAAAAAGUGGUAAUUCAACCCACAGAAUGGAAACUGUCUAUGUGGGGGAGUGGCUCCUUUGCCAAACAGUUUGGGAUGCUGCAAUAUGAGGAUCAUAGGGAUGAAUAGAUAGCCCCAAACCCAACGCUUGAGUUGGGUUUGACGCAAACUGUUCAUACAGAUCACAGUGAGACACAGGUAUUUGAAGUCUCAUUAUUUCAGUGGGGUAUAAAUGUGACUGACUGAGAUGGGCUACUACAAACCAAUGUGUUUAGGUGUGUUUAGGACUGAAUUUUCCGAUUAUGUAGGUGCCAUUUAUUUGCAUGUGUAUUUACCAGUUAUAUGGGCGUUGAGUAUUUGUGAUACUCAAAAGACUAGAUAGAAUUUUGCAAUCUGAUGUUUGAGGGCAGCUAUUACAUCAACAUUCUUCUGCCACAUAUUUCGCUGCAUGGUAAAUGAUGAGAAAUUUUGUAACAAAAUUGCUUAUUUAUUCUGUAAGUUGAAGUGUUUGGGAUUGGCUGGAGGGAAAUAUUCUUAUGACUGUUUAUCCUGAUAAUUUUGCAUAACUUGAAGAUUUUGUUCAAUUAUACUUUUGAUAUAAUUUGACCAAUGUAAAUGAUACUUUUAUUUUUUAAUUCAAUGUAUGUGUUUAAAUUUAAUGCCAUACUGGUAGGAGAAAUACAUUUUAAAUAAAUAAUUGGA